AUGAAGUUUUUCACCCUGUUCAUGAACCUGCUGAAUGAGUGCGGGGAGGAGGAGCUGGAGAAGCAGCAGCAGCGGGGGGGGGGCGGGGCGGGGAAGUCCCUGCGCAACGCCACCAUCCAGGCCAUGUCCAACCUCCUCUCGGCGAACAUCGACUCCGGCCUCAUGCAUUCCAUCGGGCUGGGCUACCACAAGGACCUGCAGACGCGGGCGGCGUUCAUGGAGGUGCUGACGAAGAUCCUGCAGCAGGGGACGGAGUUCGACACGCUGGCGGAGACGGUGCUGGCGGACCGGUUCGAGCAGCUCGUCGGGCUCGUCACGAUGAUGGGGGACAAGGGGGAGCUGAGCAUUGCGGUCGCCCUGGCCUCGGUCGUCCCCACUUCCCAAAUGGACGAGUUGGCGCGGGUGUUCGUGACCCUGUUCGACACGAAGCACCUGCUGACCCCGCUGAUGUGGAACAUGUUCUACCGGGAGGUGGAGGUGUCGGACUGCAUGCAGACGCUGUUCCGCGGGAACUCCCUCGGCUCGAAGAUCAUGGCGUUCUGCUUCAAGAUCUACGGGGCGGCGUACCUGCACAGCCUCCUCCACCCGCUCAUCAAGCCGCUCCUGGACGAGCCCCCACUGAGCUACGAGGUGGACCCGGCCCGAUUGCCAUCCGGUGAGAUUCUGGAGACCAACCGGCGGAACCUCAUGAGCCUGACCGAGAAGAUCUUCAACGCGAUCAUUUCCACCGCCGAUCAAAGUUUCAACCGACGAUUAUUUUCCCGUCGACCCGUUGGUUUCGUCCGACUCAGGUUCCCGCCGCAGCUGAGGAGCAUGUGCCACUGCCUGUACCAGGUGCUGAGCAAGCGGUUCCCGCAGGUCCCGCAGAACAUCGGGGCCGUCGGGACGGUCAUCUUCCUCCGCUUCGUCAACCCGGCCAUCGUGUCUCCGUACGAGAUGGGGAUCGUGGAGUCGCAGCCCUCCCCGGCCGUGAAGCGGGGCCUCAUGCUGGCCAGCAAGAUCCUGCAGAACAUUGCCAAUCACGUGGAGUUCUCCAAGGAGCAGCACAUGCUGGCCUUCAACGACUUCCUGCGGCAGCACUUCGAGCCGUGCCGGAGCCUCCCGAUUUCCCUGCUCGAAGACGACCGACCUCCCUCUCCGUCCCCCCACAGGUUCUUCAUCCAGAUCUCCCUGGACGCCGUGGUGGAGGACCAGCCGCAGCACAGCAUCUCCUUCAUCAGCGACGCCAACGUGCUCGCCCUGCACCGCCUGCUGUGGACGCACCAGGAGCGCAUCGGGGAGUACCUCGCCCGCUCCACCAAGGAGACGGGGGACCCGAAGGCCAAGUGCCGGCCGUACGAGAAGCUGGCCACCCUCCUGGCCUACCUGGGGCCGCCGGAGCACAAGCCGCUCGACUCGCAGUGAGGACCUUGUUGCAC